AUGGCUGCUGCCCUGGCAGACACAUGGGGAAUUGGAAAGGAUCAAGCACUACCAUGGUCUAUUCCUGGGGACACGCAGUACCUGAUGGAUGUGACGACCAAGGCUUAUCAUACCAUGAGCAAUGACAAACGCAAAUGGCAGAACGUGGUGGUGAUGGGUCGAAUGUCAUGGGAGGCUAGUCCUUUGUGUAUGACACCGUUUCCAGCGUGCUACAAUAUCAUCAUAUCACGUAACGCCAAGUACAAUUGUCAUCAAAAGGGACCUUUUCCACAUGUCAGUUUGGCUACAUCCAUCCAGGAGGCUCUCGAACAAGCAGAUACCCUAAAGAAGGAACAUGAUCAAGAAGCGAGGAUCUUUGUAUUGGGAGGAGGACAAAUCUAUGACCAAUCGAUGCCAUUAUGCACCCACAUCCUCUUAACACGUGUCUAUGCAAGCAAGUCGAUCCAAUGUGAUGCAUUCAUGUCGCCUAUUGAUGAAAAUCUAUUUGAACGUGCACCGCAUGAAGAUCUCGAGGCAUUUGUGCAACAACCAGUCCCAAGGGGUAUCCAACACCAUCAUGAUCUCAGUUACGAGUUUGUCCUCUACGUUAGGAAAUAG